AUGGUCCAAGGCCGAAAGGCAUUCGCUGCCGGCACGCGCAUGGCAGAGGACAGCAAGCUACCGCUGGCUAUGAACGUCCAACAAGAUGGGUUCAUUGAUCUCACGGACACCCAUGUUCGCACAGCGGUCGAGGAGGAAAUCCGGUGGAAACGGAUCAUCCAGAACGACCUCGAGUCGAUGCCGAUGGCUUACGUCGUGUUCUGGAGCGCCAUCUGCGUCGGGGUGAACGCCGAUAUCACCAGGGUGCUGCUUUUGGUCUACUCGAUCGCGCGGAUCGGACACACCAUCGUCUAUGCUCAGAGCUUGGCCCGCGCUCGCUUGUUCUUCUGGGUCGUUGGCACGUUGUGCAUCGUCACGGGUGCCGUGGCCAUUGUCGUCGCUGCGUUAGCUUAG